UUUUAGUAACCCAUACCUGUGAUUCCUUGCAGACCCCUGUCUUGUAGUUGACUUAAUUAUGACAUCACAUUAUGAGGGUGAAGGAAUGCAGGGUAACAUGUACUGGUGAAAUUUUGCUUUUUUUGUAACAUGACUUUUCCUUCAAAUUGUGAACUUGACAAACUGUACCUGGAAGAGGCUUUAAAGGUGUUGGAUUUGUAGGAGGAUCAAGAAAACAUGUUUUGGAGAAGGCUGUGGACUGAAGUAAAAGAUGGCUACUUCCUUGGAAGGUGAGGAGGUAGAGAUCUUUGCCUUUCAGGCAGAAAUAACCCAGUUGUUGUCCUUGAUCGUCAACAAUUUUUAUUCAAAUGCAGAGAUCUUUCUCCGGGAGCUGAUUUCCAAUGCAACUAAUGCUUUGGAUAGAAUUGAGGACGAACGCCUGACUGACCCAAGCCAACUGGAGAUCAAAGUUAUUCCUAACAAGAAUGCCCGUACCCUGACUAUUAUAGACAUGGGCAUUGGGAUGACCAAAGCUGACCUGAUUAGCAGCCUGGGCACUAUUACCAAGUAUAGCACCAAAGCUUUCUUGGAAGCCUUGCAAGCUGGUGCAGAUAUCUCCAUGAUUGAUCAGUUCGGUGUUGGCUUCUUCUCCGCCUAUCUGGUUGCUGAGACAGUGAGAGUGAUCACCAAGCACAAUGAUGAUGAGCAGUAUGCUUGGGAGUCUUCCGCUGGGGACUCGUUCACUAUCAGACCAGACUAUGGUGAGCCUCUAGGUCGUGGUACAAAAGUUAUUCUGUUUCUGAAGCAAAACCAUUUGGAGUACUUGGAUGAAAGACGACUCCUGUCACUACUUGUUAAGUAUAUCCCAAGAGAUGGCUAUCCAGUAACAAUCUAUUUAGAAAAGAAUCAGGAAGAAGUGAGGACUGAGGAAGAAGAAGAGGUGAUAUCUGAAGCCAAGCUAGAGGUUGAGUAUGUGAAUCCUAAGAAGCAAAAGAGAAAAAGUGGCCAGAAGACGAGAACAACCAAAGAGAAAGUUAUUGCUCCAGAAGAGCUCGAUGAAGACAAGCCAAUUUGGAACAGGCAGCCAGCUAACAUUACAAAUGAGGAAUAUGCAGAAUUCUACAAGAGCCUGGCCAAUGACUGUGAACAACACUUGGCGCUAAAACAUUUUGCAGUGAAAGGACAGAUGGCAUUCAGAGGGCUUCUCUAUAUCCCAAGGCAUGCCCCUCUGGAUCUCUCUAACAAGGAAAAUAUCAAGCUACACGUACGCGGGGUCUUCAUCAUGGAUAACCGUGAAGAACUUUUGCCUGAAUAUCUGAACUUCGUAUGGGGUGUGGUGGAUUCAGAAGACCUGCCUCUCAAUAUCUCUCCUGAAAGUCUACAGCAGUCCAGAAUGUUGAAAGUCAUCAAGAAAUACUUGGUGAAGAAAUGCCUGGAUCUCUUUGCUGAGCUGGCAGAAGACAAAGAAGUAUACACGAUUUUCCAUGAGCAGUUUUCCAGACACAUAAAGCUUGGAAUACAUGAUGAUUCCCAGAACCAACAGAAACUAUCGAAAUUGUUGCGAUUCUACACUUCUGUUUCCAUGGGUGAGAAGGUGUCCCUGAAAGAUUACUGUGCACGGAUGAAGAAGAACCAGAUGUUUAUCUACUUCCUCGCUGGUGAAAGCCUAGAGCAGGUAGUGAACUCUGUUUUCAUAGAGCGCCUCUUGAAGUGUGGCUUGGAGGUCGUCUAUAUGAUAGAGCCCAUGGACGAGUAUUGUAUGCAGGUGCUGAAAACCUUUGAGGGCAAACCCUUUUGUUCUGCAGCUAAAGCAGGGCUCGAGCUGCCAGAAACCAAAGAGGAAAAAGCCAUGCUGGAAGAGAAGAAAGUAAAGCUAAAGAAGCUCUGCAAGGCCAUAAAGAAGAGACUGGAACCGAAAAUAGAUAAAGUCAUUGUCUCCAACCGACUGGCGUCUUCUCCGUGUUGUAUUGUGACCGCUACGUAUGACUGGACUGCCAAUAUGCAAAGGAUCUUGAAGAGGGUGCAAGCGUCAAAGCCCAGCACUGCAAUGGAUUACAAGACUACCGGAAAGCACAUGGAAAUAAACCCCUACGAUGGCAUUAUUGAGAUACUGAGGCAGAGGGCAGAAAUUGACGAGAAUGACAAGGGUUUGAAGGACCUGGUCAUCCUUCUGUACGAGACAGCUCUCCUGUCUUCUGGCUUUGCUCUAGAGAAUCCCCAGGCCCUUGCUAAUCGUAUCUAUAAAAUGAUCAGAUUUGGUCUAGGCAUUGAGAAAGCAACACGAAAAUCCAGUCCUGCAGCAGCUGAGAAGAGAGCAUCACUUGAAGGGGUUGCUGAAUCGAAAUGUUGAUUAAAAAUCACUCUUCUUGAUCAGCUUCCACUGUUCUUGAAGUUUGCCACUCAACUACCUCUGCCAUAAACAUGUUUUACCUCACCCAAUACUGAUUUUGUCAGUUGGUACUAACUAAAGGUGCUGCUACUAGUCUUUUUUACCCUUAUGCUGCUGGACUAUUCUCAAUGGAGCUGGAAGCAAGCAGCUAUGCAUUUCCUCCUAUUGAGCUGAUUUUAAUAAGAGAUUACAAACUCCAUAUGGCUUUUAGCCUAAUCACAAAGCAGCACUUUCAGUCCUGAUUCCACGCAAGGAAUUUACCUGGUGUCCGGUGCAAAAAUAUGAAUCUGUUUUGUAUGUUUUUAAGGUUAGGUAAUGUGAAUUAGAAGCCUCUGGCCUCUGAAAUGUUAAAUAAAAUAUUUGCAUAUUAAA